GAUAGCGAAGCAAACAAAUUUAAUAAGCGGGAAACAGACACAGAAGAAGAACCUGGCGACGAAAAUAAUUUUGGUACAGAGAGUUGUGACGAUGAAGAUGUAUCAGAACCUGACUCCGUAACUCGACCUCAGAAAAAUAAUCUGACUGUUGGCCAUCCAGCUCUAAGUCUACCACCUGUUGACAUUAUGAUUCUUAUUGACUGCUCGAGCAGUAUUGGAAUAUCCAGUUUUCAAAAAGAAAGUAUAUGCAAUUUUUUGAAAGACGUUGACAUAGCUCCAGGACGAAGUCGAGUUGCUGUUGUAAUAUUUGCCAACGAGCCUAUAGUAUACUUUGGCUUUGACAAGUACUAUAGCUAUAAGUCAAUUGCAAGAAAAAUUAGGAAUAUCUCAUACAUUGGCGGGCCAACAUUUCUUGCAAAAGCUUUGCUUUUUGCGUCGGGCAUUUUGUAUCAGGAGCAAAAUAUGAAAAACGGUAAACGACGGAAACAUAAGUUUAUGCCGACCCCUCGACAUGAUCGUUUGCAGGUGCUAGUCGUAGUUUCUGAUGGAUAUUCAGAAGAUAAUUAUGAGAAAGUAUCUUACAUUUUAUAUGAGAAGCUGAACGUCAAAACUGCUUCUGUGGUAAUGAGAACUUACAACAAAGAUAAACUGCUUCCCAUAACUCGAUUUAAGGGCGCCAUAUUCUUAAUGAACGAGAUUGAAGGGUUGAGCAUGUGGCUUUGGAGGCAGCAGCGAAUUUGGAAUGAAAAUUACGCAGAUUACAUCGAAAAGGAAAAACUAUACAUGGCAGAAAGCGGGAAACAUGAACCUUAA